AUGGCCCGUGCACUUCUAGAAACCCGUGCCCGAACCUCCGAACCUCUGCGCAACAUCGCCUCUCCUCUCCCCGCUGAUGAAUCUCAUCCACUACGACUUGGUGGCUGGAAUCUUUCAAAAUGGCACCAACAAAGCAGGAGCUCUCCCUGCUCAUUAAUCCCCCUCGUUCCCGAGGCUGUUCAGCAUAACAACCGGGUCCUAUCAUCCCUCCACUCCCUGACAGCUUUCCUCCUCGGCAUCUCAGCCGGCAUCCUCGCCCUCCAAUCCACCGCCGGCUUCGCCUUCUACUUCACCGGCACAGUCCUCGUCUCCGCCCUCUUCCACGUCGUCAUCCUAAAGCGCUCCGCCGGCGCCGGCGCCGGCGCGUUCUUCCCCGGCAGCAGUGGCGGCGAGAUCGAGGGUCGUAUUAAUAUGGAGGGCGGCGCGGUGCGCAUGGAGAAGGCCGGGAAGCGUGGGGGGUAUGUGUUGCGGAGCGGUGGGUGGAGGGAUGUUUGGUUUGGUGGGGGUGUGGUUAGUGAGGCUUUGAGUGGGUUUGUGCUUGGGUGGGCUGGUGUGGGUGGUGUCUUGAGAUAG